AUGCAACGUUUGGCCAAGGAGGCCGAGUCGGGCAUCCAGGUCGCCAAGCGCAAGCCGGGAACUCGACGGUACAUACUCCACGUCGACUUUGACAGUUUUUUCUGUGCUGUGUCGCUAAAGAAGCACCCCGAGCUCGUCGACAAACCCGUGGUCAUCGCGCACAGCCCGGGCCACGGCUCUGAGAUUGCCAGCUGCAACUACCCGUCGCGAAAGUUUGGCGUCAAGAAUGGCAUGUGGAUGAAAAAGGCCGUGGAGCUGUGUCCUGAGCUCAAGGUCCUGCCGUAUGACUUCCCUGCUUACGAAGAAGCGAGCGCUCUGUUCUACGAAGCCAUCUUGACGGUUGGGGGCAUCGUGCAGAGCGUCAGUGUAGAUGAGGCACUGUUAGAUGUCAGUGCCGCGCUGAGGCCCGGGGACCUGCGAGGACUUGGGGCGCAGAUGACCAAGUUGGAACCGAUCAAGACCGGGCCAACGGCUGUGGAUGGAAGCCAGAAGCGGCUGGCCUUCCCAACCUUCAGUGCUGCCACGGCGGCCAAAAAGUCGAGGACGGACCCUAUUGAAGAGACGGAAAGCCCACAGAAGAAGAAGCUGUCCGUUGGCGGCAAAGGAUUCGACGAGGAUCCCAUCGCCGACGAUCCCCUGACGCCGAAAAAGCCGAAACCUGUGCAUCCAGCGCUGGCCAUCGCGCGCGCCGGCGCGGUCGAUAUCAAAGCUACGACACCCCUAAAUAUUGCCGGCACGCAGUUCAUCAUGCCAACGCAAGUCGAUCCCUCGGUCCUCGCCGAACUGCCCCAGGACAUCAGAUCCAAACUUCAGUCAAGGCAGCAACCUCUAUCCUUUGCCAGAGCAGCUUCUCCGGCAACCAGGCCUCGAAGCGAAAGUCCCGCCGUCUUCGAUGCGCCGCCGCCCUCUCAAGUCGACCCUGAAGUCUUCCACGCGCUGCCCGACGACAUGAAAGCCGAAGUUCUCGCGUCGUACGGCCGCAGACCUACGCCGGUGCCAAUACCGCAGUCGCCCCGCCGCGACAGAAUCAUUCAGGCCAAAAAGGCCACGACACCCACGAGGCGGGGCCGCGGGGGCGCUCGCAAAACGCGAGAGCGCCUGCACGACGCCGCCGCCAACCGCAUGCAGACGAAUUUCAUGCCGCCCCAGGCAGAUGCCGCCGCCGCACAGGAGGACCUACAGGAGCUCGAUCCCGAUUUCCUGGCGGAGUUACCGGAAGAACUGCGCCGCGAGGUCGUCGAAGACCAUCGGCGUAAGCGGCUCGCACGCAGAGGCGGUCUGAACUUGGCGGCACCGGCGCGCAGGCCUCAGCAGGCCGAGGCGUCGGGGGCGUCGUCGUCGAACGGGAAACUGCAGUUCCCGGCGGCGCCGCCCAAGAUUGACUUUACGGGCACUGGCGUCACGGCAGUGGCGGACGUCAAAGACAUGCUCGAGGCGUGGCAUGGGCAGUCAAAGGAGGAGGGGCCGCACAAGGCAGACGUGCAGGUGCUCGCGACGUAUCUCGGCAGGGUCGUUCUCGAGGAGAGAAACAUGAACAAGGCCGUGCAGCUGGUGAAGUGGGUGGAUUUCCUUAUCAGCACGGAUCCGGGAAACGGGCCUGGUAAGCGCGGAUGGCAGAAGGCCCUGGCUGGGGUCAAGCACGAGGUGCAAGAGGCCGUCAAGCAGAGGGGCUUGGGGCCCGUCAGUUUUUGA